AUGUCUUUCGAUCGAGUUCUCCCCAAGCCCGCUGCUUUGCACUAUGACUCCCCUCAAGUUACUCUUCCCAGGCCGACCAGUAACCUCCUCGAGCACAAGAUCAUGAAUGAUAACGUCUCUAAGGUGUCCAUGCUGGACCGCCAUCUGGAGGGGGUUCCGGUGGGGAGUUCAUGUCGAUAUGCAGCCGAUGGAUUGCCUCAAGUCCAUCUCUCUUCCUUGAACCGGGCCAAAAUUGCUCUGAACAAGAUAGCCUCCAAUGCUCCCAUCGAGCCGCCAAAGCCCGCGGCUCCUUUGGCAGCAAAGAGCAUCCCGUUCCGAGAACGGUCCUCGGUAUCAGAACGCUCCUCAUCCUCAAGUCCUGUCAAGUCAGCUGCUUCUAGGGAGUCCGUGACACAAUUUUGUUUGUGUCAGCCAGACCCGAAAAUUCCAAGACCUCGGAAUGCUUUCAUCCUGUAUCGUCAGCACUAUCAAGCGGCGGUGGUCGCGCAGAAUCCGGGUCUUGCUAACCCCGAUAUAUCAAAAAUUAUCGGCGAGCAAUGGAGACGGCUUCCUCAAGAGACAAAGGAUGAAUGGAAAGCCUUAGCAGAGGAAGAGAAGGCUCGGCAUCAGCAGCAGUAUCCUGAGUAUCGGUAUCAGCCUCGGCGUUAUGGCAGGGACGGAAACCCCCGGGGUUCGAGUUCUGGCAUCAGCCAUAACCCUCCGGGCUCUACUGUUUGUAGUCGGUGUGGGGGACGUGUGAUGAAUCCACCAGUAUCACCUGAGGCCCCUUUCAAUCCGAAUGGCUCUUCCCAUGGGAAUGGAGCCUCAUUACAGCACGAAACAAUCACAGGACGCAGUUAUCCGUGCCGGGCUAAAGACUCGGGCCGACCCUCGAACCCUAUCAAGAUGGGGAGCAAUGGGGAGUCUCUCCCGCCACGCAACGCCGAUGGGAAGAGACUAAGCCCAGAUGGCUCAUACCCAAUAUCAUCAUAUACAACUCGCCCAGAGGCGCCGGGCUCCCGUGGAUCAUUCCACAUGUUGCAGCCUCCACGGCCGUACCGGAGUGUUCAGGAGUACCCCCAACCCGACCCCAGUCUGAAGCUCCCACCGCUACAGACAACUGCACCUGUCUCCAGCUCUGCGACUCCAGUGACUCAAUAUGGUCAGGAAGGCUCCAGUUUGGAGGCUACAGUGAUGACUAUCCCAUUCCUUAACAAGAUCAAGGUACUCGCUAAGAUCUCGCCACCGCUCCUCCCUUCUUUUCGUGAUGGAGCCUCACGAAGACGAGGAGCUGUGAUAUCAGUUGACGGCCAAGAUCCUGUCGCUGUGAAGUCAGUAAUUGACUUUCUGAACAACACUUUAGAGAAAGAAGGAAAAUACCACACUCACAUUUUUGAAGGACCCGAUAUCCGUCUACGAGAAGGUUACUCUGAGUCUGGCCAGAUGGGUGAUGCUACUGUUGAUUAUCUGAACACUAUCUCAGCCUGGCACCGCAUUUCAGAUGAAAUCGUGGGCUUCGUCAAGCCCUUGUAUGGGUCGUUGGAACCGAAAUCUGUGGAUGACGACAACUCAACACCAGGAGCGUCGCCCAAAGGCUCUAUUUCUAAAGGAGCCGAAAUACAUAUCAGUUCACCUGCACAGUCGAGUGAGAAUGGAUCUGUAUCGUAUUCAUCGUCCUCAGGAUCAGCACCCUCUACUGUACCUGUGGCCCUGGUUCCUAGGUACCAGCUUACCACAGCCGACGCCUUCGCUUGCUCCGUGCCUAUCGGAGACUCUUACGCGCCACUGGAUCAUUGGCAGUGGAUGGCAUCUCUCUGGCGUGCCUGUGUAGGCCCAGAUAUCACAGUGUAUGUUCGGGAAUGUGAGAAAGACGAAUUAGAUCGAUUUGGGGGGAACCCCGUUGAAGUUCGCUUGCAUGAUGCGCGAACUAUAGUGGUACGGAGGGCAGCUGGUUCUCCGAGGGAACUAGAAGAGAAGACUUUGAAACGCGUGGGAUUUGAAAUUGAGGACUACCUCACCCAAUGA